AAGCUGGUCUCUGAGUUACAUUGAAAGUGGGCCCGCGAAGACGAGCUCUCCAGCAAAUUUACUCCGCAUUGGGGACCAUUUGCUUGAACCUCAGCUAACGAGCACACCGGCAGCCUUUUGGAAAAAACUUUGCUAGCCAACUAGCAAACGGGCACGCACGCUCGAGGAUCUUCACGACGGUCAUUUCCGUUGUCGUAGCAAAUUUGUCAAACUCAC